AUGAAAGAAUGUUCAAACACAACUGGUCAAUAUCUCUUUACAGUCUUUGAAAAAAUUUGUGAUGAAAAUGGUCUUGAUUGGAAGCAUUACUUAGUAGGUCAAUCUUAUGACGGGGCAUCAAAUAUGAGAGGAACUUACCAAGGUGUACAGUCUUUAAUUAAGUCUUUCAAUCCUGCGGCGACAUAUGUCUGGUGCUAUGCUCAUAGACUGAAUCUUGUGCUUACAGAUGCAGUAAGUUGUUCUUCUAAUGCAAAAGAUAUGUUUGGAAUUGUAGAAGUUAUAUAUGAAUUUAUAUCUUCAAGUAAAAACAGGGUUGCAAUAUUUGAAAACUAUCAGAAAACUCUAUACCCGGGAAAACAAAUAAAACGAUUUAAAAGAGUGCAAACCACUAGAUGGUGGUCUCAUGACUUAGCCUUAAGAACAGUUGUUUCAACUUUUGAUGCAUUAAUUGAAACAUUAACUGUAAUAGAAGAAAAGUGUGGAUCAAAUGAUCGGAAAAGUGCUUUCCAUGCAAGAUCUCUACGGGAAAGUAUAAUUAGUGAUCGUUUUUUGCUUACUGCAUUAACUUAUAUAGAAAUUUUUGACAUAAUUACUCCGCUAAGUAAUAUUCUUCAAGCCAAAGACAUGGAUUUACUGGGAGCAGUUGAUUCAGUUUUUAAGUCCAUUGAUACCUUACAGAAAAUUAGAAAUGAUAGCAAAUUUACUGGAAUCAUUAAUGAGUUAAAAGAAUUCAAAAAUAAUUCUACAUUAAAUAUUGAAGAUUUUAAGCCUUUACAGAUGAAUCGUAAGAAAGUUGUACCUCGUAUGUAUGAUGAAAAAUCGUUAGAUGAUGCUAUUGAUGAACCAUUGAAAAAUUUUAAAGUAAACACUUUUUAUUGUGCUAUUGAUUUAACUCUUACUCAAAUGAAAGAUCGAUUCAGUGAUAUUUCUACAGGCAUUUUCAAAGAUUUGUCUCUUUUUUCACGACGACGCAUAAAAGAAAUAGCAAACGAUACUUCGAAACUACCAUCAGAUGCAUUUUUGAUUUUUAGUUCAGUAUAUGAAAAAUUUGUUGACAGAAGUGAUCUUAUUCGAGAAUACAUACAGUUUUCUAAAUGUUAUUUUGACUUUGAAAAAAAUAAAUUUUUGCCGACACAACUUCAUUCUGAAAAAAAAAAAAAAAAAAUAGAAGCACUUGAUGAAAACUAUGAAUCAGAUACAUCCGAUGAGCAUGAUAAUGACCUCUUACUAACAAAUAACCAAGUUGAGAUUAUUGGGAGUACACUACCUACAAAUGGAACUAGUAUGGCCAUAGUUUUUCAAGUAUUACUUAUAAGUGGUCUAUCAACAGUAUUUCCUUCUCUACAUAUAGCACUAAAAAUAAGUCUAACUUUGCCUGUAGCUAGUGUUACCACUGAAAGAAGUUUUUCAAAACUUUCCAUUGUGAAAAAUAAACUUAGAAGUACUAUGAAUGAAGAUAGAUUGGACUCUUUAAUGAUUAUAGCUUGUGAGCCUGACAUACAUAUAAAUAAUGAUGAUAUAAUUAAUGAAUUUUCUACAUCUAGCCCUCUACUUUUAAAUGCACUAGGGCGUUAA